CUGACAUUUGAAAUUCCUUUAGGUCAAAAUGAGGUUGGAAUGGGGAUAUAAAAAAGUGUGUUGCCAAGACCUGGAAUUAUUGAGAAGUUCUUUUUAAAAAAAAAAAAAAUAGAUGAAAGAGAGAAAAACGAAUAAUAAUAAUAAAAAAAAUCCCCCGGGCACGCAGCCUCCUGGGCUCCUUUCUCGCUGGCGUCCCCACUCACGGUGGCAGCUCAGAUCAUCGGGCACCCCGGAGCCGCAAUAGGCUUGCGAGGUCCACGAGGAGGGGCGGGGGAAGUGCGUCACCAGCCAGCAGAGCAGACUUCGGAAGCGGCGUUGUGAGGACUUAGCUGGGACCUGGAAGCGUAUCCUCCUGUGUUUUUUUUUCUGACUCCUUGGAAAUUAAGGAAUGCAAUUCUGCCACCAUGAUGGAAGGACUGAAAAAACGUACAAGGAAGGCCUUUGGAAUACGGAAGAAAGAAAAAGACACUGACUCUACAGGCUCACCAGAUCGAGAUGGAAUGCAGGGGAAAAAAAAGGCCCAGAAGACUCAGCUUCUCCUCGCCUCUUGCUUCUGGCUCAGAGCCCUCUCCUUAACUCUGUCUCAGAAGAAAAGCAAUGGGGCACCAAAUGGAUUUUAUGCGGAAAUUGAUUGGGAAAGAUAUAACUCACCUGAGCUGGAUGAAGAAGGUUACAGCAUCAGACCUGAGGAACCAGGCUCUACCAAAGGAAAGCACUUUUAUUCUUCAAGUGAAUCCGAAGAGGAGGAAGAAUCGCACAAGAAGUUCAAUAUCAAGAUUAAACCCUUGCAGUCCAAGGACAUCCUUAAGAAUGCUGCAACAGUAGACGAGCUGAAGGCUUCCAUAGGCAACAUUGCACUUUCCCCUUCGCCUGUGGGUGCAAUUAAAAGGAACUUAUCCAGUGAAGAAGUCGCAAGACCCAGGCGUUCCACCCCAACUCCAGAACUUACAAGCAAGAAGCCUCUGGACGACACUCUGGCCCUUGCUCCCCUCUUUGGCCCACCGUUAGAAUCUGCUUUUGAUGGACACAAGACGGAAGUUCUUUUAGAUCAGCCUGAGAUAUGGGGUUCAGGCCAACCAGUUAACCCAAGCAUGGAGUCACCAAAGCUAGCAAGACCUUUUCCCACUGGAACCCCUCCACCUCUGCCUCCAAAAACUGUACCAGCCACCCCGCCUCGGACAGGCUCCCCCUUAACAGUGGCGACAGGAAAUGACCAGGCAGCCACAGAGGCCAAAAUUGAGAAACUACCAUCCAUCAGUGACCUGGACAGCAUUUUUGGCCCCGUGUUGUCCCCCAAGUCUGUUGCUGUUAAUACUGAGGAGACGUGGGUCCAUUUCUCUGAUGCAUCCCCGGAACAUGUUACUCCAGAGUUGACUCCAAGGGAAAAGGUGGUGACCCCACCAGCUGCAUCAGACAUCCCAGCUGACUCCCCAACUCCAGGCCCGCCUGGCCCCCCAGGCUCGGCAGGUCCCCCAGGGCCUCCUGGUCCUCGCAAUGUACCAUCUCCGCUCAAUUUAGAAGAAGUCCAGAAGAAAGUCGCUGAGCAGACCUUCAUUAAAGAUGAUUACUUAGAAACACUCUCAUCUCCUAAAGAGUGUGGGUUGGGACAGAGAGCAACUCCACCUCCCCCACCACCACCCACCUACAGGACUGUGGUUUCGUCCCCCGGACCUGGCUCGGGCAGUGGUACGGGGACCGCCAGUGGUGCAUCGUCCCCUGCUCGGCCAGCCACCCCCUUAGUUCCUUGCAGCUGCUCCACUCCGCCUCCACCUCCUCCCCGGCCUCCAUCCCGGCCAAAGCUACCUCCAGGAAAGCCUGGAGUUGGAGACGUGUCCAGACCUUUUAGCCCACCCAUACACUCCUCCAGCCCUCCUCCGAUAGCACCCUUAGCCCGGGCUGAAAGCACUUCUUCAAUAUCAUCAACCAAUUCCCUGAGCGCAGCCACCACUCCCACAGUUGUGUCAGAAGAUGAUGUUUUUUAUGACAAACUGCCCUCGUUUGAAAGGCCCUGUGACAUGCCUGCAGAGAAUGAACAGCCUUCCCUCGUUUGGUUUGACAGAGGAAAGUUUUAUUUGACUUUUGAAGGUUCUUCCAGGGGACCCAGUCCUCUAACUAUGGGGGCCCAGGACACCCUCCCGGUUGCAGCAGCAUUCACAGAAACUGUCAAUGCCUACUUCAAAGGAGCAGAUCCAAGCAAAUGCAUUGUUAAGAUCACGGGAGAAAUGGUGUUGUCCUUUCCUGCUGGCAUCACCAGACACUUUGCCAACAACCCAUCCCCAGCUGCUCUGACUUUUCGAGUGAUAAAUUCCAGCAGGUUAGAGCACGUCCUGCCGAACCCCCAGCUCCUCUGCUGCGAUAACACACAAAAUGAUGCCAAUACCAAGGAAUUCUGGGUAAACAUGCCAAAUUUGAUGACCCACCUGAAGAAGGUCUCUGAACAAAAACCCCAGGCUACAUAUUACAAUGUGGACAUGCUCAAGUAUCAGGUGUCAGCCCAGGGCAUUCAGUCCACACCUCUGAACUUGGCGGUGAACUGGCGCUGUGAGCCUUCCAGCACUGACCUGCGCAUAGAUUAUAAGUACAACACGGAUGCCAUGUCCACCGCAGUGGCCCUUAACAACGUGCAGUUCCUGGUCCCCAUUGAUGGAGGAGUGACCAAGCUCCAGGCUGUCCUUCCUCCAGCAGUCUGGAAUGCUGAACAACAAAGAAUAUUAUGGAAGAUUCCUGAUAUCUCCCAGAAGUCAGAAAAUGGAGGCGUAGGUUCUUUACUGGCAAGAUUUCAAUUAGCCGAAGGCCCAAGCAAACCUUCCCCACUGGUCGUGCAGUUCACGAGUGAAGGGAGCACUCUGUCUGGCUGCGACAUUGAGCUUGUCGGAGCAGGGUACCGGUUUUCACUCAUCAAGAAGAGGUUUGCUGCAGGAAAAUACUUGGCCGAUAACUAAUAAAAUGUCAUGCAAGGAUUUUGAAGAUCCAUGUCCUGGAGAACUGUUGUCUGAGAGACAUAUUUUAAUCUGGUUUGAGGAAAACAAACCAACCGAUGUCUGUACGUGGGCUCUGUCAGCUGGAAGGUCCCGGCUUUCAGCCGUGAUUUCCCACACCCAGUACAAGGAGGAUCAGUUCUACAGUACUUACUUCUAGGUGUACUAUUGUUAAUGGUUUUAAAAUGUAAUUAUUGUAUUUGUAAACUGUACCUUCAUUCCAGUAAGGCAGUUAGACACCUGAGUUUUAGCGUUUUUUUCCAUUCCUGAAACGGAUGUAAUUUAAACUGUGGUAUGUAAAUUUAAUAGUAGUACUGUCGAAUGGCACAAUGCUUACAGAGAUACAGUGCAUUUUGUCAAUAUAUAAAAUUUAAAUAUAAUGUUGAUAGUUACCAUAAAGGGGGUGCCACACAUCAAGAACCUUAAAUGGAACCAGAAACAAGCAAACAAACAAACAAACAAACAAAACCUUACUUUUCUUCACUCCUUAUUACAUUUUCCUCUAGUGCUAAAGAAACUUCUAGCUUCGGUUUAGUGGGUUAAAUUCAGAAACUAUUUCAGAAAAAAAAAAAAUUCUGAAGUUACAGCAUAUUCAAAGAGAAGCAUUAAUUACCACUUUUUUAAAAGCUUUUUUUUCAAACCGCAAAUUUCAUAAAAAUGCAAACUGUGUAAACAGGGCCUCUUAUUUUUAUAACUUGUGUAAAAAGGGAAAAUCAAUUCAUAUUUAAAGUUUAAGUAUAUUAAAUUAUAUCCAAGAGUGAAGAGGAUGUUGAAAUCUUACCUGACCCCAUGCCCCUUCUUUGCAGUUUAGCAAAUGUUGAGAUUGCUAAAUCAUCAGAUUAAAGCCAACUUGAUUUUUAAAGUUUCAAGACUUUCUGAAGCUGAACUGGUUAAAACUUUUGCACAAUUGCUUGGAACGGAGGGGGAGGGGCCUCUCUGGUCCAGCACAGGUACCUUGUUUCUUCCCUACUCACAAGAAUCAAAACAAUGAGAGUCAAGAACCACAGAGGGGGGAAAUUAGUUCCCUGUUCAGUCCAAAAGGAGAACUUUAAACUUAUCAUUUACGUCUUUGGGGAAGGAAGAAAUAAGCUUUAUAAGUGAAAUCCUAUUCACCUUGUUGUCCUAUGAAUGUUUUCGGGGUGACUUUAAGAUUCAUUGUAUACAUGUGCGAGUCUCUGCUAUUCUUGGGGAGUUGAAAGCAGAGCCAGGCCAGUGGCCUUGAAGUUCAGUAAAUGCCACAGUUCUGGGGCAAGGGUAGGCGUGAGGGUUCUGCCCCUCAGCACAGGAAUCAGAGCAGUGUCUUGUAAGGUCUAAAGAUUAAGUCUUCCAGUAAGCCACAAGUUAUUUUGUAACAGAGUUGGGGAGUUUUGGCACUCGCUGCUGACUUUCAUUUUGUAUCCACUCAAAUGGAGUCUUCAACUCUUUUCAACUUUAGAAUCAAAUUAAUUUUUUUUUUUUUUUUUUUUUUUUUUU